CAAUCCCACCAGGGACCCUGCCAAAUGAACGACGACCCCCCGAGCGUAUGGAACAGCAAGACGGGAGCUUGGGCCAAGAGCUCCUCCGUUUGGGGGUAGCAAAACGGUGCGCCCGCACAUGGUGAUUGGUCGCGGGCGGUUGGCUGGAACACGACAGUCGCUGAGUGGGCGGCAAGCUCUCUCCCGCUCGCUCCUGCGACGACAGCUUGCAUGUUUGUGUGCUGCUUCGCCCGUUGUUGUUGUUGUUGUGCCCCCCAGCCUCCUUCCUCCGCGUCGUCGCCCGGCUUCAUCACCUUCCUCUUCCUUCAUCUCUUCCCUUCCGCUGCCUCUGUCAUCUUCGUGGGGCUACAAUCUACAAUUCACCCACACGCCGUGUAUUGAAACCCCCGCCCUUCGCGCCUACGCCUCGCCACACCACGCCACACCACCUCGUCGCACUUCAACAACCAUCUUCAUCAUGCCCGUCGAGCUGCGCAAGCGCAAGGCGCCCCAGCCGCCGCCCGCGCCGGCGCCGGCCCCAAAGAAGAAGGCCCCUGCUGCGCCCAAAGCGACGCGCCCUGACGCCCAGCCCAAGAAGACUGCUAAGAAGGCAACUGGCCCUACGACCUCUAUGCCGUCGCCGCCCAAGACCAAGGAGGACGCCGAGGUUGAGAAGAAGGACAAGGAUGGCAAGAAGGUCGCUGUGGGCGAUGUCGUGGACCUCGAGGGUUUCGGCGGCGAGAUUGAGACCAAUGACGGCCAGAAGACGAGCCUCAAGAAGCUCGUCGAUGAGAGCAAGUCUGGCGUCGUGCUGUUCACCUACCCCAAGGCGUCUACGCCCGGCUGCACCAACCAGGUCUGCCUCUUCCGCGACGCCUACGAGCCCCUUACGGGCGACGGGCUCGCCAUCUAUGGCCUGAGCGCCGACUCGCUCAAGGCAAACACCACCUUCAAGGAGAAGCAGCGCCUGCAGUACCCCCUGCUGUGCGACCCGCAAGCGACGCUCAUCGCCGCCAUUGGCCUGCGCAAGCAGCCCAAGGGCACCCAGCGCGGCGUCUUCGUCGUCGACAAGGCCGGAAAGGUGCUCGUCGCAGAGGCUGGCGGCCCCGCGGCCACCGUCGAGCGCGUCAAGGAGCUGGUUGAGAAGCUAAAGAAGAAGGACUGAGGAGUCUCUGCGUGCGCGCGGGCUGCCGAGUGUCGCACGCGACGCCCUCGACCCGCCGCGCGACGGCGUCUCUUUGUCUCCCUUCGUCAGGUGUGAAAUGCGCUUCUUUCGGGGGCGCAAUAGACGUGGAGGAUAGAAAGCAAGCGGUGCAAAGCAUCAUUGGACUAUGUACUCUCAUACAAUGUUGAUACGAACUGUUCCCAGGCAAACAUGGCGC